CUCCAGAUCUCCAAGCCUCCGACUCCUUUCCCUAUAGCUUGUCUCCACUUGCAAUAGAAACUCCAUCACCAUGAAGUUCCUCAUCUCUUCUCUCGCGCUCCUCUUCGCCGGCGCCGCCAUGGCCCAGAUCUCUGACGAGCCGAACAGCUCCAACUGCGAUGGAACGACCUACAGCCAGAAGAACAUCGACGAUGCCGCCACGGCCGCCCUCAACUACUACGCCAACGGCCAGACCGUCGGCAAAGACGGCUACCCGCACCAGUACAAGGACUACGAGGGCUUCGACUUCAGCUGCUCCUCUCCCUACCUAGAAUUCCCCAUCCUGACCUCCGGCACCUACGACGGUGGCAGCCCCGGCGCGGACCGCGUCGUCAUCGGCUCUAUCAGCAGCGACGAGACGAGCGCGCAGUACUGUGCGCUCAUCACGCACGAUGGCGAGAGCGGCAACUCGUUUGGCGAGUGUACGGAUUCGUAGAUGUCUAUUUCUUCUUUUGUCCCCCGAGAUGGGAUUUAUUUCUGGGGACGUAUGAAUGAGAUGGCUUGGCUUGGCUUAUUGGGCAUGGGAAAAGGCCAGAGAGAAGAGACGCGCUAUGAAACUCUUAGGAAGUGAGACGAGGACAGGGUCCAGGAUUGGAAUAUGGUAAUGGGGUAUUUAUAGAGAGAGAGAAAAGAAGCAGAUCCGCAAGCAACUAGGUACCUAAUCCAAUAGCCAUUCUUC